AUGGACCACGAAAUGACUACAACUGCCUCAUCUAUUAAAAAAAUACCAGAAGGGCAAGACCAAGGUUACGUUGUUCACCUGACUGUUAGGAAGCUAAGCCGUUAUGGCUCAAAAUAUUCUAUUAUACAUGCUCUUACAUUGUUCAUCUACAACAGUUGUAACAAUUCUCUAGCCUCUGCCCAAGCACAAAACAUCAGCGAAAAAUUGACACAAAAAGAUAUCGAAGACGGUCUCAGCAUACUUCUUCGGCAACCGUAUCCGCGCAGAAAGCGAAUUGGAGAACUUAUUUCCGAAACCCUUUUUAUUAAAGCAAGUGAACAUUUUUUGGACAAGAACGUAAAUUUAACUUUUAUAGAGCACUGGUCACUUCAAGAAAAUUAUUUACUAUACGGUACGGAACUGCUGUCUCGAGAACCAAUGCUUAUUGAGUUUGACUUUGUUAGUAAAUGUUCUGUUGUUGGGGAUAUUCAUGGCAACGUAAAUGAUUUAAUUGGUGUUAUUUAUGAGAGCGGAAUACCACCAAGAAGCCACUUUUUAUUUUUGGCAGUUGUAGGUGACUAUGUGGGUAGAGGUGAAUGUCAGUUAGAUGUUUUCCUUAUUGUAUUGUUAAUGAAACUCAGAUGGCCAACUUAUGUAUAUAUGUUGCGCGGAAAUCAUGAAUGCGUAGAUCAAAGCGAAGAUGACGGAUUUGAAAGAGCCUGUAUGGAUGCAUAUAACGACAGAUUGAUUUUCAAAUUAUUUAAUCAAAUUUUUGAAAAUAUGCCUGUUGCAGCAAUUGUCAACAAUCAAGCAUUUUGUUGCCACGGUGGGAUCUCACCAUGGAUGAUAUCAAGAGACGCUAUACGAAAAAUACCGCGGCCUACAAGGUUGAGAAAUAUGAAACUCUUGGAAAACUGUCUUUUAACGGAUAUUCUGUGGGCUGAUCCCGAGCCUAAUCAAAAAGAGCUCUUUGUUCCAUCGCCACGAGGAGUAUCUUAUACGUUUAACGAAGAAGCUUUACGAGAAGCGUUUUAUUACUUGCGCUGCAAUCUAAUGAUACGUGGCCAUAAAUGGGUAGAUGGUGGAAUCGCUGAAGAAUUUAAAGACAGAUGUUAUACGGUUCACACAUCAGCAAUGUUGGAAAUCCCCUUUGCCCCGUCAUUCAUUGUUCUGAGAUCAGAGGAGAUAAAUUCAUAUGAAAAAAUAAUGGUUGACCUGUCCAAAAAUGCUAUGCAUUCUUUUUCUGCAGAUUAUUCUGAUGGUAUAUGGACAGAAAUCUUGUCCAAUUUUCUACUACGUGCGUACGUCAAAAAUCCAGUGACAUAUUUGGAAAGUUUUGAUCAUGAAAAAAUUUUAAAAUACUUAAUGGCUGCUUUACCUUGUGAAAUUCAUCACCUUUCACAUCUGCACUUGGCAAAAUGGAUUUUAAGUUUUGCUGCUGAAAUUUUCAAAACUGCUAAAGUGUUCCACCCUGUUCUUAGGGAUUUUUUAAGUCCCGAAGUUUUUCCACGGCUCUUUCCAGUGAUUUACGAUAUUUUAUACGGCAAGGGAUGCACGUUUAGAAUUGGCGUACCUUAUGUGGAAAAGGAAAUUAUUAAAAAGUUCUAUAUACUUGAGUUGUAUCCCGUUCCUUCAUCAAUGGUCUCAUCCUUCAAAAACGGGUUGACAAAAUCAAAUGUUUCAACCAUUCUUGAUGACCAGACGGUACUUGAAGUGGAACACGUUCCAAGUAAUCCAUUACCACUUCGCGAUUGGCCAGCAGAAAUUUAUAUCGAUGACGAAGGUGAAGAUGGGAUGACUCCACAGGGUGACUUUUUGCAAAAUGCUUCAAAAAGCGCUUAA